GUUAAACCAUACACUGUAAAAAUAGCAGUAAACCUUCCUAUAAAUCGAUGUUAUGGACUCGAUUGCUCGAUGCUCGAUUCUUUUGAUGAGAACUUUGGAAAACGAGAAUCUCACAUCUCACACUGUUGGAGGUAGGGGGUGAAAUGUAAUGAUUUCUGAUUGGUUAAUUUGAAUAUAUUUUAUAUAUCCAGUGCGCCAUUAUAGCUGUCAGUCUUCAACGAAUUUUGCUGUCAAUAAAUUAAUUAAAAUAAAAGACCAUCAUGGCCCAAAACGUAAAUCCAUUUCUUGAACAACAGGCAGAUGUUGUAAAACAAAAUGACGAUUCAAGAAAAGCUUCAAAUGACAACCAUGCUGUAACCAAAAGGUUACACAAUGAGCUCAUGACUUUAAUGAUGAAUCCAGAUAAAAGUAUAUCGGCUUUUCCUGAAGGUGAAAACUUUUUCAAAUGGGUAGGAACAAUAACAGGCCCGAAAGAUUCUGUAUAUGAAUCAUUAAAAUUCAAGUUAAGCCUACAGUUUCCCCAUUCUUAUCCUUAUACAGCACCCACAGUAAAAUUUAUCACGCCUUGUUUUCAUCCCAACGUAGACACUAGUGGUAAUAUCUGUUUAGACAUAUUGAAAGAUAAAUGGUCUGCCCUAUAUGAUGUGAGAACUAUUUUAUUGUCUAUUCAAGUAUUGCUUGCUGAGCCCAAUAUCGACAGUCCACUUAAUGCUCUAGCAGCUACCAAAUGGCAAAGUAAAGAUGAAUAUAAAAAACAUGUUAUAGAAACAUAUAAUGAAGCAUGAGGUUUAGUUGAUUAUCUUUAGAUUAGACAAUUUUAAUUGUAAUUGUAAAUUAUUAGUUAGGCAUUUAAUGACUAGCAUUUUCAUCAUUCAGAAAUAUUUUUUUAGUAAAUUAUUUUGUGUAAAUGUGUAGAAACUAUUGAUCAUUAUCUCAUUUAUUAUCAUUACUUAAAUUUAUAUAUUGAUUUAUUGAAAAAUAUAACAAUUUACUGAA